GAUGGCUAAAAGCAGUUCAAGAACAUUCAUGUCCUUUGACGUUACGAUUGACGCGGUCCUUAAUCUCACAUAAAAUCUCUAAAACUAUUGAUAUUUGACUAUGAGUAGUUCUCAUAUUAUUUUCAGACAUUAAGAUGUUAGGACAGGUAGGGAAGAAAUGGCAUUUCCGAUUUCUGAUCUAUCACAUUUCUUCAUCUCACGCGUUCAUGCGGGGGACGCGUUAAGUACUUGCUUUUCUUAUACCUCGCACUUAUCUAUAUUUCCUUUCGAUUCCUCCUGUCCUUCAUAGUUGUCAUUGUAUCGAUUGUCUUUUCUUUUGUAUAUCAAGUGUCCUUGCAAUUAUAAACAUGACUUUGACUCAAGCCGAACAUAGUGCAAUGCAUGAAAGUGCUACUCAUCCUGCAAAGAGACGCAAGUCUACGCAUAAUUCUGAGACCAUCAAAAAUUUAUUGAUGGACUUCAAACCUUCACAGUUACGCCAAGUUAUUGAAAUAGCAUUGAGGAAGGGAAAUGUUACGAAAUCCAUACGCCAUAUUCAUGCUCAAUUACCCGAAAAGUCAUCGCCGGCGAAUUCCGAGUCAUUAAUCACGGAUUCAGCGCCGGUUACAGACGAAGUCAUUGAGAGCAUCGAGAAAUCUCCAUUGCCGAGGAGACAUUUAAACCGCGUGCCAGAAACAAAGGAAACUCGACAGCCAUCGCCGCAAUCACUUUCGGCGAAAAUCAAGCAAGGUCUAUCUGACAAUGCCACACAGUCUCUCGUUCACCUACCCAAGACCGUUAGUAGCGGCAAUCUGCCUACACCGAGGAACACCCAGGAACCAAAAGAAGUAUAAUGCCCUGUCUCCAAUUUCGAAAACUCCCAGCUAAACAAUGUCGUGGCAGAUACCUAUGACCCCAGAGCCUUGGAUGACUCCAGAGCCAGAAAUCGACGCUCAUUCUUUGCUUUUAGAACCAGAACUUUAUGUUUGUCCACCAUUAGCAGUUACAACCUGCAGCUGCCGAUCCGGAUGCUCUUCCAUCCGCUGCAAAUGUUUCAAGUCAGGCCACGGCUGUUCACCAUCCCCAUCCUCCGGCUGCAAAUGUGAAUCUUGCGUCAACAUGCUCAACGAUUUAUCUUCUUUCUUUGGAUCCCCCAAAUCUUCUGACUUCAGGAUCGUUGCUAGUCCCGACUUCCUGAAAUGGAUUCGGAAAGAGUCGAGGAAUGGAAGAUUUGACUUGAUUCAUCCGGACACAAUAGAAGAAUUAAGAAGCAUGCUAAUGGGUGUUGAAUUUGGAGAUACAUCGUCCCCGCCCAAUUUCCCUGUUUUCUCGGGAAAACUUAGGGGGAUAAGAAGGGAGUGGAUGAGGGCUGAUAUUACUGAUGAUGAAAGAGAAGAUGUCAAGAAGGAGUUAUUUAAAGAAGCUUUUGGGAUCAUGGCGGAACCGAAGAACGAUUAUUGGUGUUUUUGUAAGAAUGAAUGGAAGCAAACUAUUCUUUGGGCGUUCUGCGCAAAAUGCGAAGAGUGUAGAGACACUCGAGAGUGGCAUUGUGAAAAGUGUGGACAUAGGAAUAUUGGAAAGAAUUGUGAAUGCAAGAGGGGUAUCAAACGAAAGAAGGGUGGUAGCGAUCAGUAAUAGGCCAGCGAAUGUCCUGAUGGCGUUACGAGUUUGCAGUCUCUUUAACCUUCGAAUAGUCGGGCAGGACGCCAACUUCGAAGACAUAGAAUUUUUUCGGGUGGUGAUAGAACGAUCUUUUCAUGGGCAACUUACUUUUACACGGACGACUAUAUUUUUAAACUUUUCGAAUGUAUUUAUAGCUUCCAUAUAUGUAUUAUCCACAACUUUAACCAUGGCUUUCAAUAUUUCAAAACGCGGAGCAAAACCUU